AUGACACAACAAAAGAAGACCAUCGCCGUGGUAAACGCGACGGGUCGCCAGGCUGCGUCUUUAAUACGAGUUGCCUCGGCCGUCGGACACAAUGUGCGCGCUCAGAUCCAUUCUCUCAAGGGCUUCGUCGCAGAGGAGCUGCAGGAGCUUCCGAAUGUCACUCUAUUCCAAGGCCCGCUGCUGGGCAACACUCCCCUGAUGGACGCAUUAUUCGAGGGCGCCAACCUUGCAUUCAUCAACACCACCUCACAAUCAGGCGACGAAGUCGCAAUCGGCCGCGACCUCGCCGACGCCGCCAAACGAGCCGGAACCAUCCAACACUACAUCUACAGCAGUAUGCCCGAUCACUCGGUACAUGGGCCCUGGCCUCCGGUACCGCUCUGGGCCCCCAAAUUCACCGUCGAGAACUACAUCCGUCAACUGGGCCUCCCUUCGACCUUUGUCUACGCCGGAAUCUACAAUAAUAAUUUCACGAGUCUACCCUACCCCCUCUUCCAGAUGGAGCUCAUGCCGGACGGAAGUUUCGAGUGGCAUGCGCCCUUUGACCCGGACAUUCCGCUGCCCUGGCUGGACUCGGAACAUGAUGUGGGACCCGCGUUGCUGCAGAUUUUCAAGGAUGGGCCGAAGAAGUGGAAUGGACAUCGUAUUGCGCUCACAUUCGAGACUCUUUCUCCCAAUCAAGUUUGCGCUGCCUUCGAGCGCGCGCUCGGCCGCCCCUGUCGCUACCUGCGCGUCCCCAAGGUCGAAGUGAAAGUCAACAUUCCGCCGGGCUAUCGAGAACAGCUGGAGGCGAUUGAGGUGGUGUUCGGACAGUGCGACGCGCCUUACUUCCCACAGCCCGAGUUCUCCCGUCCGGCCGCCGGAUCCCCCAAGGGACUGGGGCCCGCCAAUGGCAAAGGCGCAGGCGCGGGAAUGAUGCAGGGUCCCGGAGGGGUGAUUUCGCUUCGUGUGACCGACGAGGCCCGGCAUUUGUGGCAGGGGUGGCGCGAUAUGGAGGAAUAUGCGCGCGAGGUCUUCCCGGUGGAGGAAGAAGCGAACGGAUUGGACUGGAUGCUGUAG